GUAAACUUCUCGAAAGGAUGGAGAGCGCCGUGAACGGAAAGGAGGAGAUGGGUCGACCAAAGGAAGAAGAUAUUGAAGAUGAAAGUGAAUUGACCGGACGAGGUCAAGAAGGCCGAGGUCAAUGGACGAAUAAAAUGGACUUCAUUUUCUCUUGCAUCGGAUACUCGAUUGGUUUGGGAAAUGUUUGGAGAUUUCCUUACCUGUGUUAUAAAAACGGUGGAGGAGCAUUCCUCAUUCCCUAUAUCCUUACCCUAGUCACCGCUGGUAUUCCUAUGUUCUUUAUGGAAUUGUCUAUAGGCCAAUAUCUGGGUAUAGGAGGAUUGGGUAUAUAUAAAAUCUGUCCGAUUUUCAAAGGAGUCGGUUACGCAGCAGCAGUAAUAGCUGCAUGGCUAAAUACGUAUUACAUAGUUAUAUUGGCUUGGGCUCUCUUCUAUCUAUACCAAUCAUUUUCCGUCGUUCUUCCAUGGGCCACUUGCGGCCAUAAAUGGAAUACGCCAGCAUGUAGAUCAAAGUACCAAUUGCCAUGCAGGAAUACAACACCGGCAAAUCAGACCUGCUACUCGAAUAGUUCUUUGACAAAUUUUACAAGUCCAGUUGAGGAAUUUUGGAAGAGACGAGCUUUAAAACUAUCGUCUGGGCUGGAUGAACCAGGAGGUAUUCAUUUCGAAUUAGCAAUUUGCCUUCUUAUAUCUUGGAUAGUCUGCUAUUUCUGUAUUUGGAAAGGUGUUAAAUGGACGGGAAAGGUCGUUUGGUUCACAUCACUCUUCCCCUACGUACUUCUCUUCGUUCUACUAAUUAGAGGCAUAACGUUACCGGGGGCCAAGGAUGGCAUUUAUUUCUACGUUUACCCGGACCUUGACAGACUGAAAGACUCCCAAGUGUGGUUAGAAGCUGCCACUCAAAUAUUCUUCAGCUAUGGUUUGGCUUUAGGAGCCCAAGUAGCCCUGGGAAGUUACAACCACUACCGCAAUAAUGUUUACAAGGACGCUCUGAUUAUAUCGUGCAUUAAUUCCGGUACAAGCAUGUUCUCCGGUUUUGUCAUAUUCAGCGUUUUAGGGUUUAUGGCACAUGAACAACAAAGGAACGUGACUGAUGUUGCUAACUCAGGUCCAGGACUGGCAUUCCUUGCCUAUCCCGAGGCGGUGACGCAAUUACCUAUAUCGCCACUUUGGUCCUGUCUGUUCUUUAUCAUGCUUUUCUUCAUCGGUUUAGACAGCCAGUUUUGCACUAUGGAAGGCUUUAUUACAGCUUGUGUUGACGAAUGGCCGAAAUUGUUGAGGAAAAGGAAAGAAAUUUUCAUUUUGAUUGUAUGCAUUCUCUCUUACUUCGUCGGAUUAUCAAUGGUAACGGAAGGUGGAAUGUACGUAUUCGAAAUAUUCAAUACUUAUUCGGCAAGUGGAAUGUGUCUAUUGUCUCUCAUCUUUUUCGAAUGCAUAGCAUUUUCAUGGAGUUAUGGCGUCGGAAGAUUUUAUGAUAACUUAAAAGAUAUGAUUGGCUAUUAUCCCUGUUUCUGGUGGAAAAUAUGCUGGAGUUUUUUAACACCUGCAAUUUGUAUGGGGGUCUUCAUUUUCCGACUAGCUUCUUAUACUCCUAUAAAAUAUGGAAAGUAUGAGUAUCCGACUUGGGGAGAGGCUGUUGGUUGGCUAAUGGCUCUUUCAUCCAUGCUAGUCACUCCUGUAUACGCUAUUUAUAUAUUUAUUGUAACGCCUGGCUCAUUUCGGGAGCGCUGCAAACUACUCUUCAGACCAGACGUUGACGAACCGAUUAAAAGAAAUCGAAGGCAAUACAUCCAGAUGCAGCAAAACCCUUACAAUGAACAAAACGUGACAGCUUUGUGAAAAAUACAAGUCUUUUCCUCUCUCUCUCUCUCUCUCUCUCACUCUAUCAGUCUGUCUAUCUAUCUACUUAUCUGUCUAUACGUUUACCUAUCUAUCUAUCUGUCUCUCUGUCACCGUUUUUUCGUUUGGUAAUCUGAGUAAUACCUUUAAAGAAGUGUCCGAAGUGGCAAAACUUUAAGUAAAAGGAAAAGUUAUCAGUAGCUAUUAAACAUUUUAACCUCGUAAGAUUUGAAGAAAUGGAGUAGAUUAACUAGAUUCAGAAAUUGUUUUUCCUUUUUUAAUUGAAUUUCAAGACAAUCUCAUUUAAUUAUAAACAAAACUUUAAAGUAUUAUUAAAUUGUUUUAAAUUGGAAAAAAAAAGCAAAUCCUCUCUUUAACACAUCAAAAAAAAAAAGAAAAAAAAACAGGAAAAGGAGGAAUUUUUCAAGUAAAUCCUUAUCAAAUAAAACCAAUUAUUUCUCUGAACACAACCGUUUUUGUCCUCUAACCACAAAUAUUCAUUUGAGAAUAUAUACAGCAUAAAUAUAUAGUUGAUAUAUAUGCAGUAUAUAGGAAUUAAAUACAGUAUAUGAUAUUUUAGAAAAAGAAGCAAGUAUUAACUUACAGAAAACUUAAAAUUGUUGUUUUUAUGUUGUAAAAAGUUUAAAUAAUCUUUAAGUAUCAUUAAUAAAUUAACUAAUAAACAUAAUAUAAUAUUUAAAUAGGAG